AUGUAUAAUUUGUACAUUUACUUUGUGCGAAAAAGGGUAGGCCCCGUAAUACAUAGUGGACCAAAACACUGCUCUGAAUCGUUGCUUGUGCUCACAGCGCAACAAAGUCAAAUGGGUAUGUUGGUUCAAUGCGAAGCACAACAAUGCGGCACUAACGGAAAAAUAGGUGCAGAUGCCGGCACAACUACACGCAGUUGCGCAGUGAAAUACAGGGGCGGUGGUUUCACAUCGAGGUCAGAAGAAUUCCUAGCGAUACAGCAGGAGCUGAUACACGGCAGUACGGUGCCCCCAAGAUACGUCAACAACGUUAAAGGAAUGUGUGAUACCGGUGAAAAGACAGGCAAUGGAAUACGAAGCUGCGGAACAACGACAUGUUCAACUCUCCCAGGAAAUGAGAGGAAUACAAUGGCAUGUUCACUACAACGCAUACGCUGUAGCUUCUUAACAGAAUUGUUGGGAGAGUUAACUUCAUGCGCAGGGGCCCGAUGUUACGGAAAAAAAACUACCAAGUGUAGCACUGGUGGCGACGACAAGCACUUUCGGUUAGUCACACAGGGAUAA